AUGGCUCCCGACCUUAACUCUCUUCCCUCGUCGCCUCUGGCGAAGCCCACCCAUGGCAAGCCAACCAAUGGCAACGGCGCUGGCAACGGCAAUGGUUCGGCCAGCCCGAAGCAGCCCAACAUUCUCUUCAUCAUGGCCGACCAGUUGGCCGCGCCCCAACUCAAAAUGUACAACCCCGAGUCUCAGAUCAAGACACCAAACCUGGAUGCUCUUGCCGCCGAGUCUGUCCAGUUCGACUCGGCCUACUGCCCCUCGCCGUUGUGCGCACCCUCGCGCAUGAGCUUGAUCACCGGCCUCCUACCCAUGAAGAUUGGCGCAUACGACAACGCCAGCCAGAUCUCGAGUGAGAUCCCCACCUAUGCGCACUACCUCCGCUUGAAGGGCUACCAGACGGCCUUGGCUGGCAAGAUGCAUUUCAUCGGGGACCAGCUGCACGGCUAUGAGACUCGCCUCACCAGCGACAUUUACCCGGGCGAUUUCGGCUGGGUGGUCAACUGGGACGAGCCCGACACCCGCCUCGAGUGGUACCACAACUCCAGUUCCAUUCUUCAGGCCGGUACCUGCGUGCGAAGCAACCAGCUGGAUUACGACGAGGAGGUCAUGUACCGAUCGACCCAGUUCCUCUACGACCACGUUCGGGAGGGCCCCGAGAAGCGUCCUUUCGCACUGACCGUGUCUCUGACUCAUCCUCAUGACCCUUACACGAUCGAGGACAAGUACUGGGACCUGUACGAGGACGUCGAUAUUGCCCUCCCCAAGGUCCGCAUUCCCAAGGAGGAGCAAGACCCUCACAGCAAGCGUCUCAUGAAGGUUUGCGAUCUCUGGGACUACGAUUUCACCGACGACCAGAUCAAGCGUGCGCGUCGUGCUUACUACGGCGCCGUCAGCUACGUCGAUGACUGCGUCGGAAGGCUUCUGUCGGUGUUGAAGAAGUGUGGUCUUGACGACAACACAAUCAUUGUUUUCAGCGGUGAUCAUGGUGACAUGCUCGGCGAGCGUGGACUUUGGUACAAGAUGAGCUACUUCGAGUCCUCCGUCAGAGUGCCUCUUUUCGUCCGCCACCCCCAUCAGUUCGAGCCUCACCGCGUCAGCAAGAAUGUGUCGACUCUCGAUAUUCUCCCCACACUUUGCGAUCUGGUUGGCACAAAACCCGCACCUGGUUUGCCAAUGGACGGCCAGUCUUUGCUGCCUCACCUUGAGGGCAAGGCGGGCCACGACAAGGUCUAUGCCGAGUACACGGGCGAGGGCACCAUCAGCCCGCUCAUGAUGAUCCGUGAGGGCCCUUGGAAGUUUAUCCACUGUCCUGUGGACGGCACCCAGCUCUUCAACUUGGAGCACGACCCUCUGGAGCUGGUCAACCUGGCGUCCCAGAAGGCCAUCUCGGGGAAGUUGCUGGAGGAAGAGGCCAAGGCGAAGCUCGAGGAGUACACGGCCGAGACAAAGGCCAAAUGGGACUUCGACGCCAUCACGGAGCAGGUCCUGCAGUCCCAGCGCAAGCGUCGGCUGGUAUGGGGAGCCCUCACUCAGGGGGCCUUCACCAGUUGGGACUACGACCCGGUUGAUGACGGCAGAAUGAAGUACAUCCGCUCUCAGAUUCCUCUCGACGACCUCGAGCGUCGUGCUCGCUACCCUCCCGUCGACAAGUAUGGCCGGGAGGUUGACAGAGCGACGACCGGUCAACGAGUUCUUCACGGCCAGGCUGGAUCUCACGGCCAGUAA